AUGUGCAUGAAAGUCUUCGCCCUCCAACGCUGCCUCAGCCCCGAAAACGGCGGCUGCGGCGACUACUUUGCAGACUACCUCGAGCAGCGCGAAUGCAACCACAUGACCCUCCCCGGUCUCCCGCAACACAACUGCCGCGCCGUUUGGGCCGGCUUCGAAGACGAGCGCAGCGCCAAAGCCCUCCACCGCGACGAGUACGCCAAGCGCGCCCACAAGCUCUGCGCGGACUGCCGUGUCCGGCACCGGCUCACCUACCUCGACAGCGAGGCGCAGGCGGAGCGUAGGGGCGAGUACUCGAAUCGUAUGAAGACUAUCAUCGAGGACCUGACACGGCGCGCGGAUUUGGGGCAGAUGGAGUUUAUGAACCGGGUGUAUCGCGACAUGUGGGAUGCUGCGCUGGGGUAUGUUCAGGGGAUGGCGAAGACGACGGACGGGGUGUGGAAUGGGAUUGAGGGGGCGCUUCGGCGGCACUUUGGGGACAGCGGGAUGGAGAUGAAUCUUGUGGGAAACCUGGUCCGGGACUUGAAGAUUGCGAAGGAGGAGUUGCUUGAGCAGGUGAUGACUUCGACGAGGGAGAUGGCGACGGCGCUGGUUGGGCCGAAUAUGGAUUUCCAGCAGGAUCUGGAGGCUGGUGGGUUUAGGUCUGGAUACAUCACUGAGGAGUGGAAGCUGCAGAGAAGGGCGGCUGUUGAUGCCUCGAGGACGACAGCCGAAGCUGGGGACCUCGAGAGCGACGACGAGAUGGGGCGAGAGUAUGAUUCGUCUGCAUCAGUUGGACACAUGAACAAGCCGAAGUCCACAAGGUGA